AUGAGAGCAAGAUGGGCUUCAAACAGACUGAACCCUAGAAGGUUUAUACAUUCAUUGGUUACUUCAUGGGGUGAAUAUUCCAGAAUUUCAAUAACUGAAUAUAACGCUGAUGAUGAAAAAUUUCUUUUCGCCAAAAUCAAAAUUACCAAAAAUUUGAUACUCAAAUCUAACCUUUUGAUACUUUUAUCACUCAUUUUCAUUGGUAUAAAUUUAUUGAUAUCAAAAUUCUGCAUCUUUACACUGGACAAUUUUAAUCAAUAUGUUCAGUCAAGUUAUAAUAUGAAUUUAUAUUUGGGUUUUAAUAAAAGGUUUCAGGGCUUGAGAGAAUUUCAUAAUGCUUUUCAAGUACCAAAUCAACUUGAGUUAUAUAUCAAUCAGAAUGGUGUGAAUAAUCAAUUUAAUUAUAAUUAUUCAUCAGUUGCGAUGAUUUCAUACAUCAAUGAAGUUUAUAAGACUCAAGAGAACCCAAAGGAAUACCUUUUGAAUCAAACCAUGGAUUUCCAUUGGGGUGAUUGGAUUAAUUUAUCAAGAGCAAAUCCAUUUGUCAAGAUGUAUCCAGAUUUACUCAAAAGAUUUGGAAACUCUAAAGAUGAAGUUUAUAAUUACUAUAAAACAAUGUGUCAAUUUGUUCUUGAAGAUAAAGUACCUAAUUAUGAAGAUUAUCAUUUAUUUAAAAAUCAUGCAUACUUGUUUGAACAAUUACAAGGAAUUGAGAUAUGUGGUGCCAUUGAAAAAUAUUAUUAUUCUCCUGUUCCAGAACGUAUCAUGCUUGAAACUGAUUAUCAUUAUCAUGUUGUUGGUGUGAAUCCCAAGAGAUUAGAUAAGCCUUUGGGUAUUGAAGGAUUGGCUAAAAGGUAUUACAAUACUGAGGAUAUCAACUCCAAGAACAUUGAAGCUAUUAAUCCAAAUGAUGGGAAGGAAAUUGCUCAAAAACUUAAAUGGAAUUAUCGUGCGAAAGGUUAUAAAAUUUCAAACUUUGGGUUGAAGAGAUUUGUUAAUCAAGAUUCAUCAGCUUUUAAAGAGCCAAAUGUAUUGAAUGAAAUCAAUGAAUUAGAGAAAAAUAAGUUUAAAUUAACACAAAGAGAACAAAAAAGAUUAGAGUUUUUGAAAUAUUCUAAUGAUCAUUUAAAUGAAAAACAACCUUUUUAUUUCACAAGUGUUCAAGUUGAUAUUGAUAACAAAGAUGCAGUUUUACAUCAUUAUAAUUAUCCAUGGAUGCAAAAAAUUUUGUGUAAUGAAGAAACCAUUAAAAUUGUUCAUCAUAUGAUUAGAUCUUGGUUUAAAUUUGCAGAAAAUGCACAGGUUGUUUCGUGGUUCGAUUAUGGGAAUCUAUACGGGUGGUAUUUCAGUGGUCAAAAUCUACCUUGGGAUACGGAUGUUGACGUUCAAAUUUCUAUACAAGAUCAAGAGAAGUUGGGCCAAUACUAUAAUAAUACUUUAGUUAUUGAAAAUCCUGAUCUUGGUGAUCAUUUAUUCUUUUAUCAAACAAAUCCAUGGUAUUUACAACCUCAUAGGGGACAACAUAUCGACUCUCGCUAUAUAGAUGUGAGAUCUGGGAUUUAUAUUGAUAUCUCAUGUCUUUGGUUAGAUAAAUCUAUUGAAGAUUAUGAAAAAGAAGAUCAAGAAAAUGCCAAAAAGGCAAAUGAUGAAGGGAAAGAUAUUCCAAAGAAAACACCAAGACAAAUUCAUUGUAAAAAUAAUCAUCACUUUCCAUUAGAUGAUAUUUUCCCAUUAAGAAGAACGCUAUUUGAAGGUGCACAAGCUUAUAUUCAUUAUAAACCUAGGGAAGUUUUAUGGAGUCUUUACGGAGAAGGAUGUACAGAUAAGAAUUAUAAUAAUGAUCAUAACUGGCAAAAGGAUAUUGGUAUGUGGGUCCAAAAUCAAAUAUGUGAAAAAGAAGCAAUCCCACCAACUAAUGAAAGAUUUGAUGAUAAUGGUGAUUUAACUUUGAAAGGAGCAUGUAAUGAUGUGGAAAUAUUAGAGACUUUCAAAUUAAACCAGAAACCAUAUGAACUCCAUUUAAAAGAAUUUCAUGUAGUAGUUGGAAAGGGUGAGGAUGGCUCUGAACUUAGUGAAAAGGAGUUCCCAAUUUAUAGAUUUUACGAUUCUUCAGAGUUUCAAUAA